GAGAGAGUCCGUGGAGUUCGUUUCGUUCCGUGCGUGUACAAAAAGGGGAGAUAUCAAAUUAAAAGGAUACGUUUUCCUUUUCCCCAAGAACAUAAAACAAACAUUAGAAUUUUAACGCUCAACGAGACAAGAGGACGACGCGCAUAGCGUAACAAUAACGCUGUUUCUUUCAUUUGAAAACAAUCUAUGGAAGAAGGCAGCAAAAGUAUUUUGCUGCUCGUGCAACAACAACAACAGCUACAAUAAUAAUAACAACAGCGGCGACGACGUUGGCUAUAACAUCAACAGUUCAGGUUUAAUAAAACAAAAUACCAAUUGAUGAACGCAAUAAUUCCACAACAACAGCAAAUCUAUUUGUUAAAAUAAUAAUUAAAACAUCUGUGUAUGCAAAUGUUCAAAUGCUCUAUUCCCGUGCGUGCGUGUGUAAUUGUGUGUUGAUGAAAGCUGUGUCUGUUGUCUGCAAAAGCUAAGAAAACAGAUGACCUGCUGCAAAUAAACAACAACAACAACAUUUCGAUUAAUGUACCCCUUAGUGUCUCCCUCUCCACUAAUCUCCCCUUAUUCGGUCUCUUGAAUAAAUAUCAAAAAGAAUAAAUUGCAAACAAAAAAAAAAAAAACUGUUUUGUCUACGAAAAACAAAGUAAAACAAAAAACGUCUACUAUCUCUUUGUUGUUGUUUCUCUCGACAUUUUGUGAGAGUACGCGGGCACUUCACAACGGAGAGGAGACCCCUAGAAGAGAAGAGAGGAAUUGGUAUACGUUUUGCUGUGUUGUGUUUAGUUUUGAUAACAAACAUUUGUUGUGUUCGGAAAUUAUUGUGGCCCCAACGACCUCUUCCUCCCUCUGGUACGCACACACAUACCCCCUGUCUAUCAUUUUGUGAGAGAUAAUCACAACUUGUGCUUAUUACCCUUACCCCAUCCUCACUUAACUCCAGUUAAACGGUCCCACUCCGCCGCCACUCCCAAUAAGAAUUGAACAAUUGUUGCUGCUGUCAAAUCAAACUGUUGCAAAAUAAAACAAAAAUUGUGGCAUUUAUUUAAACAUCAUGAUCAUGGCUAAUAAUAGUUCCGGUUCAGGUGGUAGCUUGGCCUCUACUUUGGUUGGUGGUGUUGGUGGUGGUGCUGCUGCUGCUUGUCCGCCUGGUUUAGUUGGUGGUAUACCUGGUGCUGGUGCCUCAUCUGUUGCCGCUGCUUUAAACUCCACCAACAGUGAUUUAUGGAAAGAAUGUGUCCUUUGGCUGCAACGUUGCAAAGUCUUACCACCCGAUCAUGUUGCCACCGAGGAAAUUCGUUCAUUGGCAUUGACCUUACGCGAUGGUGUUAUGCUAUGCAAUUUGGUCAUAUUUUUAGAUCCCAAAUGUUUGGAUCCCGGGGAAAUGACAAAGAGACCUCAAAUGGCACAGUUUUUAUGCUGCAAAAACAUCAAACUAUUCAUCGAUGUCUGCCGCAAUCAUUUUAAGCUGCGCGAGGCGGAUCUUUUCGAGCCCAGCAUGCUCUAUGAUCUGACACAUUUCCAUCGAGUUCUCAUAACACUGUCCAAGCUGUCACAAUGUGCUAAAGUACAAAAACUACAUCCAAAUAUUGUAGGCUUUAAUUUACAAUUAUCCCCCAGCGAAAGAUCUCAUUCGGACGAGGCCAUCUACAAAGAUUUACACUCAACUACCACCGAUAAUAAUGCAUGCAAUGGUCGUGUUGAUGAACACAUUAAUACAAAAGAGGAAGAAGUCUAUCAAGAUUUGUGUGCUUUACAAAGAACCAGUAGAAGUCAGAUUACAUCCGCCACCAGUUUUGAACAGCGUGAUUAUGUUAUACGUGAACUGAUCGAUACGGAAUCAAAUUAUUUGGAUGUUUUAAAUGCUUUGAAAAUGAAAUUCAUGGCCCCACUGGAAAGGUAUCUAACACCGGAUGAUAUCAAACAAAUAUUUCCACGUAUCAAAGAAUUAGCUGAUAUCCACACAAAAUUUCUGGACAAAUUAAGGGACUCGUUACAACCCCAUGCUAAAAUGAAAAUGGGUCAAGUAUUUUUGGAAUUUCGUGAACCAUUUCUAAUCUAUGGUGAAUACUGUUCGUGUCUGCUUGGAGCAAUUGAUUUUCUGGCUGAUAUUUGUAAAAAGAAUCAAAUUAUAGAACAAUUAGUACAGCAAUGUGAACGUGAAUAUAAUGUGGGCAAAUUACAAUUGCGGGACAUUUUAUCAGUACCCAUGCAACGUAUUUUAAAAUAUCAUUUACUCUUAGACAAAUUAGUUAAGGAAACAUCACCGGCCCACGAAGACUAUCGUUCACUGGAAAGAGCCAAAGAGGCGAUGAUUGAUGUAUCACAAUAUAUUAAUGAAGUUAAAAGGGAUUCCGAUCAUUUAGUUAUUAUACAAAAAGUUAAGGAUAGCAUAAUUGAUUUACAUUUACUGCAAAAUGGCAAUGACCUGCUACAAUACGGUCGCCUUUUGCUCGACGGUGAGCUGCAUAUCAAGGCCCAUGAAGAUCAAAAAACCAAAUUACGUUACGCUUUUGUUUUUGAUAAAAUUCUAAUUUUGGUCAAACCAUCACACAUGAAAACCGGCGAUAUGCAGUACACAUUCCGUGAUUCACACAAUCUAGCCGAAUAUCAAGUCGAACAGAGUCAUUCGCGGCGUACCAUUGGCCGUGAUUCACGUUUUAAAUAUCAACUACUGCUGGCACGUAAAUCGGGCAAAACAGCUUUUACAUUGUACUUGAAAUCGGAACCUGAACGCGAUAAAUGGCGUAAAGCUUUGACGGAAGCAAUGGAAAAUCUGGAUCCACCUGGCUGCCGUAACACGGACCACAAAAUGGAAAUUUUCACCUUUGAUGCACCCACAACGUGUCGACAUUGUUCGAAAUUUUUAAAGGGUCGCAUACAUCAGGGUUAUCGCUGCAAAGUCUGUGAAAUAGCUGUCCACAAAGGUUGCAUAUCAUCAACUGGCCGCUGUAAACAAAAUAUCGUUGCCAUACCCCCACCUGUGUGUGAUCGACAAUUGGCGCAAUUCAAUUGGUUCGUUGGCAAUAUGGACAGAGAAACAGCACAAGCGAGGCUAGAGCAUCGACGAGUCGGCACUUAUCUAUUGAGAGUGCGGCCUCAAGGUGCCUCAAAUCCCAAAGAAACAAUGUAUGCUCUAAGUUUAAAAACCGAUGACAAUGUCAUAAAACAUAUGAAAAUCAAUCAGGAUCAUUCUGGUGAUAAUAUUGCAUAUUGUCUGUCAUCAAGGCGACAUUUUAAAAAUAUUGUCGAAUUAGUUUCGUAUUAUGAACGCAAUGAUUUGGGGGAAAAUUUUGCGGGUUUGAAUCAAUCUUUGCAAUGGCCCUAUCGUGAAGUUUUGGCUACGGCAAUUUAUGAUUUUGAACCCAAAGGCAAUAAUCAAUUGGCCCUGAAAACUGGCUGCCAAGUUUUGGUAAUUGGCAAAGAUGGUGACAAUAAAGGUUGGUGGCGGGGUAAAAUUGGUGAUACGGUUGGCUACUUUCCCAAGGAGUACGUUCAAGAGCAUCCACCCACCAACGAUGAACUUUGAUAUUACAAUUAUGAAAUUGAUUUCUCCCGCAGUAAAUUGGAACGUUCUCUACAAAUGAGAAAUUCUCUAACAAUGAAUCUUUGUAAAGAAUUAUCAUUAGAUCAUGAACAAAAUAUACCAGCAACACCCCCGCAUAGAUCACACACCUUCGUUGGACAAUUGGAAGAGAAUUUGCAGCUGUCACAAGAUCACGAAAACGUACAAGAGGAAGCCAAUACACCACAACAACAACAAGAAAUUAUUGUAACCGAGGGUCAGUAAGUUUUCCUAAAAAAAAAUCAUAAUAUGUUACAAAGAAUAGAAGUGGGUGGAAAUAGACUCUCAAAUUCAAAACUAUUGAACAAAAACCACAUAGGGAAAAAAUAUAUUAAAAAAGGGGUUUCUAUUCGUUUUUUUAAAUUAAACAAAUUUGAAUGAAUAUCCUUGCGGAUCACCUUUUUUCAAUUGCAUAUACUUGGAAACAUGCUUCCAGUAUUUGUAAAUUACCACCCAACCAACUAAAAAAAAUCAUAUAAAAACUAAUAAUAUUUUUAAUAUUAAUUAUUAAGAAAAACACAACAAACAAUUAUGUAAAAUGUUACAAAUAUUAAGUUUUUCUUCCAUUAGGAUUUUUAUGUUCAAAGAAAUGAAAUGGUUUUUGUUGAAAAAAAAAAACAAGUUCAAAUCACAGUCAAAUACUUUGUUAUAAACAUUUAAUUUAAUUUGUUACAAAAAGUGCCAAUAUACAUACAUUAUAUAUAUAUUAUUGUACAUUUUAUAUAUACAUAUAUUUUUUAAAUUAAAACAUAUAUAGUUUUUUUCUUGCAUUCGAUUUGAAGAGAUUUGAGAAGGUUUCCGUUUUGUUAUUAAACAUGUUUGUUUAAUUUUAUUUAAACAAAAAACAAUUUGCUGAAUACUAGUUAUACAAACUUACAAGACAAGAACAAAAAAAACCUAAAAAUAUAUAUUUUUUGAUGGUGUUACCAAAUAAUAAUAAAGAAUAAAACACAAUAUGAAACAAAUUACAAAACAAUAUAUAUAUUUAUGAAACAUAUGUGCAGCUUUAAUAUUUAACAAACGAAAAAAA